AUGUAUGUGAAAUGGUUUGAUACAGUAAUGUUUAUACUACGCGAUUUUAGUGUAUUUAGUGAAUGUCACUUUUUGUCAUUUUCAAAUUUCCCGCCGUUCUGUCCCCCGUACGUCCUGACGCUCACAGGGGACGGAACCUAGAAGACAGAUGCCGGCAUCCGCCGGAGGACAUUGCCGGAGACACUGCAGGAAGUACAUCACGGGAGCGCAGGACAAGGUAAGAGAAGAAAAGAUCCUGGAGCAGCGCCGCAUGGUAUUCCCGAGUGUAGCUCGGGAUUACUGCUUGUGCUACACUCGGGAAUACAGCCAGGGAGGCUAC